CAUCCUGGACUGGUCGCCAGCUAAUCACAGAGCACAUAUAGACAAACAACCAUUCACACUCACGUUCAUACCUAUGGACAAUUUGGAGUCGCCAAUUAACCUAGCAUGUUUUUGGAAUGUGGGAGGAAACCGGAGUACCAGGAGAAAACCCACGCAUGCACAGGGAGAACAUGCAAACCCCACACAGAGAUGGCUGAGAGUGGAAUUGAACCCUGUUCUCCUAGCUGUGAGGUCUGCGUGCUAACCACUCGACCGCCGUGCCGCCCUUUUUUAAUUUAAAGAAACAUAUUUUUUAAUGCCUUUUGUCCACAAAGAAGCUUUUUUUCCCACCUUUGGUCAGAAAAUCUCUUCAGUUCAGCUACUAUCCAGGCACUAACCUUGAUGUAGGGAUGGUUCUUGCAGGUGGUGCCCCAUUGGCGAGCACAGCGCUCCUCCUUGCGGUGCUCAUAGAACUCGGGGUUGCGAAGGAUGGCCACACGCUUGCCUUCGUAGACCAGCACCAUGGCCGUCACACCAUCCAAGCGCUCUUUAUCCUCUGAAGCCACCGGCAACACCACCGGCACAGACAGGUUGAUGACACCACCUGGAGAAAAGAUUUUUCAUCAACUGAUUCUGAAGGUUCUGUGGCAUCAAGAGGUGACCCGGUGGACCCUUAUGUGGUCCCAAUGAGCUGACCAAGCAGCUGCUUCACAUUAAAACUCCCACAAGCCAGCGAGGCAGACACAAAUUGGACUUUGUUUAUUUUUGCAGUAAAGUUUGCAGAGUCCAUAUGUAGCUUUGACGGACGUUGUCAGAGAGGAAUUUGUUUCACUACAGUUCACUGCGCGCUAAACGAGAUGUCAAUCUAGGAUUCUAGACACCUCAUUUACAUACUUUUGUGUUAUAAUAUCAGUCACAUGCACUAUUUUUCCGAGUACUGAACUCUUAUCUCUGGCUCUGCGUGCAUUCAUGCUUUUCUUCCCCACCUCCAGUGACAGAUGUUUAUAAGCUUGCCAAGAUCUGAAAAUGAUAUACAAUCUAUGCUAAUUCUUUUUUUAAAAAAAGUGUGUAUUUUUUUUUAUUGAACUGCCCGUGUGUAUAACAAAAUGUUUGGCGUGACAACACACACAGUUCAGAAAUUGGAAAAGGGUCAAAAAAAAGAAUAGAAGAAAAUUUUUUGUUUUUGUACUUUUUUUGUACUUGGAACGUUCGUGAAGCUUGAUAAGUUGCUGUAAUUGCACUCAAAACAAAAUGUGAUUCUCCUUUUUUUGCCAAACUAAAGUUCAGUACAAACUGUCCUUACUGAUGCAAGACCACCGCUCUUCAAAAAAAAAGAACAUGUAAAUCAACUUUUCAGCCACGAUGCAAUAACUUUAGUGAUGACUGUGCAGCUUUACUUUUUAAAGCAGGACAUACUCAAUGUUGUCAAUAUAAAUAAUGUUAAUAAUCACAAGUACUCCUUAGGUUGAGUGUUAUGUAAAAUUGUGUGCGAUGGAAAAGUGCCUACAGAGUGCUUUAGUUGAGUAUUUUGUGAGCUCUCAACUCCACCUAGUGGCAAUUCAGGUGUACAGCAAGACUAAAUUAAUUUCCUCUACCAAAACAUCUUAACGUUACCGUCUAGUAGACAGUCAAAGUGGAGGCAUUGAAGAUACUCCCGCUCCCUCAUGAAGCCGUUGAGUGGAGUGGCCCAGCCUUCAGCCAGAACUUGUACCCACUGCAAGUCCACCUGAGAGUCAUAUCAUCAUCAUCAGUGACUUGGUUGGAUGGAUGAUAGAACAAGUAGAUGUACCUUCCCAAUCUGAAGAGCAGGCAGCGUCUCCGCAUCCGCCUUGGCCAGGUCUAGUUUGUUCUCCUGAACAUACAACUCUUUUACCUCAUAGGUGGCGUCAACAGGCACGAUGUCCUGCAAAAGUGACACAAAAGAUUGCUCAUCAUUGCUUGGGUAUCGUCAUAAAACAGUGGUAACGUUCCCAUACCUUCUCCUGAAGCAGGUCAACCAGCUGCUGUAUGCACUCAUUCACGCUGCAUGAGUCUGUCUUCAGCACGAGCUCGGGGGCCUCCGGUUUCUCAUAUUCCGAGUCGAUGCCGGUGAAACCUGGACAUGAAAGCUCAUGUGACACUCAAGUUGACGCAUGGAAACAACGGAUUAACAUGAACAUCUGUAGGGUUGCUGUUGGCGCAUCCAGGCACCUCCAGGGGCGCUGGGGUCUCUAAUCAGGAGGCCCUUCACAUCCCUCUGCUCGCACACAUCCAGCGGGGCGUCCACAAACACUUCAAAGAAAGGCAGCCCGGCGGCCUCGUGGAUCUUUCUGGCAUUCAGACGAUCCUGAGGGUGAAGGUGAAGGACAGUCAGCAAAAACAUUGGGAGUGUGCUUGAAGAACCACGACAAUCAUGUGAAGACCAACUGAGAAGAGCACUGCAUCAAUUUUAACGCCCCACAGCCUCCAUCCAGAGGGAACCCAACUGUGAAUGGACGAAGCAGGAAGUCAUGGCUUUGCAGGAGGCUAGUCUCAACACCCAAAUGGAAGCCAGCAACGGGCACGGGGGGAAUAAGACCUGCCCCGUCCACACCACACCCGCAGGGGAUACCAAGCGUGGCUUUCGCAAAAACAGGAACAACGAUUAUGUAAAGAUUUCCAUGAAGGAGCAAGACGCCAACCGCCUGCCAUCAGAGUGGUGGAAGACCACGAUCCUCUUUCUCUAUGUCAUCUUCAGUCUUGUCCUGACCUCGGUGGUCAUCACAGUGGUCCAUGAGAGGGUUCCGCCUAAAGAGAGCAUACCACCCCUCCCUGACACCUUCUUUGACUAUAUCGACAGAGUCAAGUGGGCCUUCACCGUGACGGAGGUCAAUGGCAUUGUCCUGGUAGCCAUUUGGUUCAUACAGCUGUUCUUCCUAAAUUACAAGUCCAUCGUGUGCAGACGCUACUUCUUCCUGCUGGGCACCUUGUACUUGUACCGCUGUAUCACCAUGUACAUCACCAUCCUGCCUGUCCCUGGCAUGCACAUGACCUGUGCACCCAAGCUGUACGGAGACUUUCAUGCAAAGUUUCAGAGAAUCCUGCGGCUGAUCUCCGGCGCUGGCCUGUCCAUUACCAAGUCCCACAUAAUGUGCGGAGACUUCCUGUUCAGCGGCCAUACGGUGAUGCUCACCCUCACCUACCUGUUCAUCAAGGAAUACUCCCCUCGAUCCUUCUGGUGGUACCAUGUGAUGUGCUGGCUGCUGAGCGCCGUGGGCGUGGUAUGCAUUCUGGUCGGACACGAGCAUUACAGCGUGGACGUAGUAGUGGCCUAUUUUGUCACAACACGCCUUUUCUGGUGGUACCACACCAUGGCCAACGCACAGUGUCAGUGCUCCCCUAACAACUACCUCACCAAUGUCUGGUGGAACCCUCUGUUCAACUUCAUGGAGAGGAACGUGCACACAGCUGUGCCAUGCGUGUAUGGCUGGCCUGUCAGCUGGGCCCCCGCCUGCCUGAAGAACCCUUGCAAGAAAUAUUCCAUCGUACAGAGCACACGGGAUGAGUGACCGUGAUUCACUGGUUGACGAGAGGUUCCGCAUUGCUGUUUUUAAUGAACAAGAUUCAUCCCGCUUUGUCUUGUCUGUCUGUCUUGUCUUUUGCUGUUGUAAUUUAUCUUUUUCUCUGUUUAUGUACAACUGAUACUUGUGCCAGCCAGCACCUUCUAGAGCAUUUGUGAACCGACCACACUACCAAAUUUGUUAUUGAAUGACCUCGCUAUCAGUGUCACAAGGUGCCUUAGUGGGUUCAGUGUCAUUAUAUGUACCAAAACUGCCUUUAAAAGUCACUGAAGACUUUUAUUAAUUCCAAUCCCUCAAUGUGUGUGUAUCAUUUCCAUGAUAUUUACAUUGA